GCCGGUGACAGGAGAGGCCGGGCUGGGCUGGUACUUCUGGCACCCUGGCCGGCGGGGCGCGCUCGGGAGGCUCCUGUCUGUGGCCGCGCGGCCGAUCUCAGGGCGGCCCUCGUCUGACGGCCGCUGCCUGGCGUUUCACGCUUGGCCCCUCCGGCGGCCGUCCCGGCGGCGGGAGUUGGCUACGGGAUGUGCUCGGCCGGGGAGCUGCUUGGCAGCGGCAGCGGCGGGGAACGCGACGAGAACGGGGACGCACUGGCGGAGCGGCCGGCGGCGGGGACGGAGAGGGAGCCCGGGGCGAGCCCGCGGCGGCGCGGGCAGCGGCCGCUGGCGGAGCGUGAGCAGGAUAUUGAAGAAUCACAAAACCACACUGGCGAGCCUGUUGGAGAUGACUACAAAAAGAUGGGAACACUUUUUGGUGAACUGAACAAAAACCUCAUCAACAUGGGCUUCACAAGGAUGUAUUUUGGAGAACGAAUUGUGGAACCAGUAAUAGUUAUUUUCUUUUGGGUUAUGCUGUGGUUCCUUGGUCUACAGGCCCUUGGACUAGUUGCUGUUCUUUGCCUUGUCAUUAUUUAUGUGCAACAGUAAAAUAUGGCUAAAUAAGCCAUUGUUUGACAUUUGGUAGCCAGAUAUGUAAUUGGUGAAGUUCUAUAUUUCACUACAUGAAAGCCGAAAAAUUUGCCUUGUUUCAAAUUAUGUGCUGUUUUUUAAUUAAAUUUGUAAGUGGAUGUUGUUUAAAAUUAAACUCAACUCUUAAUUAUAACAGGGUUGAACAUACAUUUUGUAGCUUAUUCAAAAGUCUUGUUUUACUACUGUGAUCUGUGCCCACUUUUAAAUACCCCUCCCUAUUCCCAUGCCAAGUCUUAACACCACCAAAAAGUGGGCAGGAAAAAUAACUGGAUAUGGGAUUCAAAUAGGGCAAUAGAGGUGUUGUAAAGAAUUCCAACAAAACAUUUUAGAAUAAAAAGGAUGAAACAAGGAUAUUUAAAAUGUUUUAACGGUAGAUUUUCCCCACCCAUACCCACCAAAUAACCCCAUGUUAUUUGGGAAAUAAUUUGGAUAUCUGUGGUUCCUGCUCAGAUCAAAUCAAUAUAAAUGGUAAUUACUAUACACUACCUUAAAAUUGUGAUAAAAAUCAGUAAAGCUAGCACAUUUUCUAAAGAUUGAAAAGAAUAUAUUUAUUAUGGCUGGUGAAACUUCCCAAGUUCAAUGUAACUUUUUUAUAAUGUAACACUUGGGCCUGGAAUCACUUCAGUAUAUCAUUUGAAGUUUUAGACACUUUUGGUGCUAAUUACCUUUUGUGAAUUUUUUAACUCUCAUAAGACAUGUCUAUUGCUGGCUGUACCCCGUGGCAAUGCUGUAUUUUCUUGUAUCUAACAAGUUGCAUAUUUUUUUCCUAGAGAGACAUUUUCCAUGUAUUUUUUUCCAGAAAUUUACAUUUUGUAGUUCUUUUAUAACAAUUAUUCUAAGAUUUAAAAAAUCUAUUUCCUAUUUUGGCAUGGAUUUUUCCCCCAAAAUUGAUUUAUAUUAUGGCUGAAAUUUUUUACUAUGCCUUUAAGAAAACAAAAAAAAAUCAGUUCAUUUUCUUUGAUAUUUGUAUUGGAAAGGUUCAGUAUUACAGUAUAAAACCAAAUGCUUAAAUUUGGAAUUUAAUAGCCAAUUGUAAUAAUAUUCCUCUAAGGCUAAAGCCAAGUCAGUAAUUGGCCAGUCAUGUUAUUAGUGUGUCUUAAUUCAGUGCUUUGGGAUUUUAUAUUGAAAUAAGCAUUUCUUUAAAUACACUUUAAAAAUAGUAAGUGGCUUAGUGAUAUUUUGGAUUUUGUUAAAGAACCUAAAACCUGUACACUUUUGUCUCAAAGACGUUCUAUAUACAUGAAGGAGGGGUACUAAAGAUAAUUAUCUAAAAACUCUAAGUAAGGGGAAAAUGGGACAAUGGAAUAUUUUUGUCUUUGGCAAGGCAGUAACUAAAGAGUGUAAAGUGUUUAAUAUUCCACGUUGUAAAGUUUUUACCCAAUCCUGUUUUAAAAAUUUAUUCUAGGGGCGCCUGGGUGGCUCAGUCGGUUAAGCGUCCGACUUCGGCUCAGGUCAUGAUCUCGCGGUCUGUGAGUUCAAGCCCCGCGUCAGGCUCUGUGCUGACAGCUCGGAGCCUGGAGCCUGUUUCAGAUUCUGUGUCUCCCUCUCUCUCUGACCCUCCCCCAUUCAUGCUCUGUCUCUCCCUAUCUCAAAAAUAAAUAAACGCUAAAAAAAAUAAAUAAAUAAAAUAAAAAUUUAUUCUAUAAGUUCUCAGCAUCUUCCACGUUGAAGCAGAAAACUGAUUAAAAAAAAAAAUGUUCAAGUUAGAUUUCUAAAAUCAGAUAAUCCUGAACACAAAUAUCAAUCAGAGGGCACUAAAAAAAUAUUGUGUAUUUGUAUAAAUACAGACCUUUUAACGUUUGACAAAAAAGGAAGACUUUGUACUAUAUCAUUGUGUUUUUAUUGGGUUUGAAAUAUUUUUAUAGUAACCUUUAUGAAUUUAGCCUAAGUGCAAGUUAUUUGAAAAGGUGUCUUCAUUUGUGUACAGUAGAAUUGUGAGGUUAUUAAGAGACAUCAUGAGAUUUUGUCUAUCUGAAUUAAAUAUUAAAAAGUGCAUUCUUUUCUAAUGCUACCAAGAAUUUUAAUUUUCUUUUGGAAUAUAAAAAAAGAUACAAUAUGCAUAAUAAUAGCUCUGGUUCCACCAGUGCUAAUAUUGAAAAUAUUUUAAAAGUAAGUUUAAAUAGUAAUUAUUUAGUGUACUGCCAAUACUAUGUAUCUAUACACUGCUGUUAAUAGAGUACAUGUUAAAUUACAUAAACAAAUGAGAUAUUUUGCUACUCUUCCUGCAUUUUUGUAUUGGUUAGAGCAAUAUACCAUCAUAUUGUUUGCUUUGUUAGGGAAAAAACAGACUGCUUAUUUGAUGGAAAUAAUAUAUUUUCUUUUAUGAAAUAUAAUAGAAUGUAGUUAAUACUUAUACCCUGAAAUGAAAAGAAACUGGUCACUUCUUUGGUUCAUGGUAUAAGGAAUUAGAUGAAAAAUGACUCUCAAUCAUUUCAAUCUCAGAUACAAGCCAAUUUUAGAAACUGUUACUCCUUAUGAAUAAAGACACGGAAGUUACAAUGCUAAGGUUAUUAGAUUAUUCAUGUGUAUGUAAUUCAUACCACAGUUCUCAAUUCAAAGGGAAAGGUCAAGAUCUACAAAUAAACUGACUACACAUGAAUAGGUCAAUUUUCCCUCAAGUAGAAACUCAGUAUUUUGUAGAAUUCAGUUCCCUCAUAUCUUAAGCUGUGAUCCGCAAGGUAGUUUCCCGUUCCUGGCCACCAGCCAAUCACACUUGGUCCAGUAGUGUGCUGGAGCCAGUUUGCACUGACUUGCAAGGGACAGUUGUGUACAUCCCCCUAGUUUGCCUUCAGUAACAUCAGUUGGUAGCUUGAAAUUGUCCGUGAAGGGAGUAUUCACAUUUACACUAUAAAAACUGGCAAACACAACAAAUCAGGGCUCUUUUUUUUUUUUUCCUGGCAAGCCAGUUAUUAAACAUAUAUCAGCAUGCCACCUAUUAGCCACUCUAGAGGUCACAUCCCCGUUUUGACUUCUAUGGAUAUAAAAGGAAGCAUGUUGAGGCAAAUCCCCAUCAACCAAUGUAAAACUGUAUUUGGAUCUUUUCCAUGUGGGAAUUAUGAAUUACGGUUGUCUUCUGACCAGCACAUCUCUAUGUGUUUUGAUCAGAGAAAAUCUCUCUGGGCUGUCGCUGAGCUGCACGUAACGUUAAAGGCUAUCCAAAUGAUCAAGAAAUAAACAGUUAUAGAACUGAUGGAAGGAAAAUUACAGCAUGAGGAAAGAUUCAUUGCGAAGUAGAAAGUUCAAAAUAGUCAAAGCUAGAUAUUGAGCAGUCCAAGGCUAUUUGGUUUGUAGAUUAUAUUUAACAGUUAUUUUACAAAUGUUUACUGAUUUUAGGUCAUGUUAAAUGUUUUUAUUGUCAACCCAUGUCUUCACAAGGUAAAAGAAGACAAACAAUAGAAGACUUUCAUACCUGUUAAUACUUGUAGUACUAGACUUGGCCAAGGAGAAUAUAAGGAGAACACAGUCUGUUUUCUCAUCACCUUACACAUUGCCUUGAACAAUGUCACCACUCCCAUGGCAUCAGUUACCAUUUCAUACUAACAGCUCUCCAUUCUGUAUCUCCAGUUCAGAACACUGUACGAAUAUAAAAUCCAUACAUUCAAUUGCUUGCCCAACAUUUGUACUUAUUUAUCCCUUAGUACCUCUGAUUCACUGUAUCCAAAAAAACAAAAAAUAAAAAAUAAAAAGGAACUCAGGAACCUUUUCCCAAACCUUUUUAUCUUUCUGUGUUUCCAAUCUCAGCGAGUGAUAGUUGUCUCAGAAACUGCCCACAUAUAACCAGUCACCAAGCCCUGUCUAUUUUAUUUCCUAAAACAACGUCUUUAAUCUUUACGCUUCUCCUGAUUCCCAGUAUCACUAACUUGGUUCAUACCCCCUUCAUCUCCCUAGAUUGCUAUCUCAGAAUCCUAGGUGGUCUCCCCUGCCUUCGUUUUCCACGCCACAGUCAGAAUAAUCUUUCUAAACCAUAACUCUGAUAUCUUUGGCCUAAAUCUUUUCAAUCGCUUCCUGUCGCCAUUAUGAUAAAGUGCUUACUCAAUCUGUUUUAUAAGGCUCCUCAAGAACUGGUUCUUGUAUACUUCAUCUCUCUAUACUACUACCAUCCCUUUCUAAGACUUAGCUUUAGGAAUUAGUUUUUCUGUUCCUUGUGAGAGAAGUACUUACUCACUUCCAGAACUCUGUACAUGCUUUAGCUUCUUUAUUUAAUCCCUCCCCACCAAACUGACCAACACAUCCACAGCUUUAAGACCUUCAGACACAAUGUCCCCCAGGAAAAUUUCUCUGACUCUUAAAUCCAGUUUUGAUAUUUCAUUUGCUCUCUGAGAACCCUGUGCUUCCCUUAUCAGCACUUGUCAUGCUAUAUUAUAAUAUAACUAUAAUAUAGCUAUUAUAAUAGCUUAUUUGUCAGCUUCUUCCUUUAGACAACAGACUUCACAAGGGUAGAGAACAUGUCUAACUGGUUCAUAAAUUGCAUUGUCAAACACAAUGCCUGGCACAUAAUACAUACUCAAAAUAUUUAGCAGAUUAAUAAACCACCUUCAUUUAUUCGUGUACUUCCUAUAAUGCGUUAACAAAGAUUUAGCAUUGGUUGUACUUUAGAGUUCUUUAACUCCAAAAGUAUGCUUAUUGUGCAUAAAGAAAGUGAAUUGAUGUAUAUGUUAUCAUUUACAAAGUUUGUUCACUUUUAAUGGAAGAAUAUAGCUGUUAUUUGCAUAUACAGUAUUACUACUAUUCACUUGCAUAUUUUUAGGAAACUGUGUGAAUUUUCAGUGUUGUACUUGGUAAAAUCACUAUUUCUCCAGAAAGGAUACUUUCGAAUGCAUAUGGUCACUGAUGCUACCUAAAUUUCAUAUGUUCCAGUAUUUUUCAAUAGACUUUUAUCUACUAAAUUUUAAUUAAAAAAAAAACAACACAGAAGUUGUGAGGAGGAAUUCUCAAGUAUCUAAGCUUGGGUAUUUUAGGCUACAGAAUAAAUUCACUACUAGAAUGUUCUAGUCACCCAGAUCAUAAAUGUUAAAUAACAUGUAUAUAAAGUGGUUUGUUAUUUUUUCCAAUAAAUAAUACUCUUUCACAACCUUA